CAGUCUUUAAAUUUGUGUCGUCGUGUAUGCCACUUGGUCUUUUGGCUUUCAGUUAAAAAUAUUCAGUUUGUUAACGAAAUAACAACAAAUCAAACGGAGCCCAACUAUAAAAGUGCGCUGCAACGCUGUACAAUAAAUACAAAACAACAAUUACCACGGAAACAACAAACCGAUUUCAUAUUGUUGUUAAACAAUUGUUUCGCAAUAAUUCAAGUUAAUUGUAACUUUCGUUAAUUAACUGUCGCUGUACGCGUGUGAAAAGUUAAUCAACAAUACAAACUUAAAACCUUAUUAAAGGCAAUUAUAAAAAGCAAUUCCAUUGUGUCGCUCUCCUGCUUACAUAUAUGCAAGGUCAAAAAUAUCAUUGAAAAAUCUGAAUUUGGAUUAUUAAUAGCUCGAAAAAAUAUAUGCACAUAUAAUUUGCGCUAUUACAAAUCUACAAAUUUCGAACAACAACAAUCACAAAUUACCCGCAGCAGCCAGUAUGUCGAUCGCUAGUGUUCAUGGUCCCCAAAUCGCCGACAUCUGCAGUCCAUUGGCUCACCACAGCCUGGGCCUGUCCGCCUCUUUGCCCGAUCUCGUCGGCAGUUCGUUGGAAAUUAAUAUGGACAAUGUGCUAACUAUUGAAGAGCUGCGUCAGCAUAUGGGCUCUUGCUUCACGUGUGGCGUCUCCUGGACCGAUGAUCAUGUCUCCCUGGAUUGCAGUGAGUGCGGCGGCUAUAGCCUGGAGCGCCCCUGCCCUCUGUGUGAUGGUCAGUGUGGUGUGCAGUGGAAACGCGAUUUUGCCAUGUCCCAUGCCUGCAGCAAAGCCCGUUGGGUUGGCGUGUGCAUGAGCUAUCCGGAAGCGGCGACUGCCGUGCAGUUGCCUGUUGCGACGGCCACUGCGGCCACAUCGUGUGCAGCGGCCGCAGCACAUCAACUGCGUCUGGCCCAGGAGCUGUGCUCUCGUCUGGAGCAGCUGUCGACGUCUUCCACGACGGGUGUGAACAAAAGCACGCGCAUUUAAAACGUCGCAGAGCGGACGGAAACAGCACGGAUGGAGAAGGAUGAACGUCUGGGCGGGGCAUUUGGGGAAUACAGUUCAGUUCAGUUCCUUUGGCAGCAAAAACUGCAACUGCUGCACACAUUCGCAUACACAUACGCAUACGGAAACACACUCUCACACGCAUUAAUUUUAUUUUAUGAAACUCUGCAUUAGCCGCUGAUAUUUUUAUGGGCAGCACUCAUAUCCACACUUACACUCACACACAUAUACAUAUAUAAGUAAUGUUAGUGCUUAAUUGCUAAGCCUUUUAGUUGAUAGUUUUUAUUGUUGUGUCGUUUAAUUUCUCACUCUCUUGUGUCUAUGCAAAUUCAUCUUUAUUAUUUAAUGAUGUUUUCUCUCGUUGUUAUACCAUAUGGCACAUUUUAAUUUGCGCGUGGCAGCAACAGCACAUGAUGUUGAUAUGAUAAUGGUAAUGAUAAUGAUUUUUUUCUAUAAACAAAAACACAAAGAAAACUUGAAAAGAAAACAAAACAAAACAAACCAACAACAAAAUGAAAGAAAGAAAAGACUACUCUCGGCUUAAACUUAAGACAGGUUUAAGCAUAGCAGUGAUAACGGUGAUAUUAGUCAGAGAAAAAUCGUAAACAAAUUGUGAAUUUAAAAACGUAGCAAAAGUGAAAGUAGAACACUAACAAUGACACUGCAUAUGUACAGUCAUAGUAUAUACAUAUACUCCUACAUACUUACAUACGUACGUAUGGUCUGUAUGUGUGUAGAUGAAGUAGCUAUGUAGCGGAUAUUGUUCAGAUAUAGCUGUUGCCUUUUGUCUUUUGUCAAUACAUAUAUAUUAGCAUCAUAGAUCGAUUGUGUAUACUCUUUGUGCUCCAUGCGAAAUCGAAAAUGGAAAAACAAAAAAAAAAAUAAUGAAUGUUUAUGUACUUAUCCAAGAAUCUUCCAAACAGAAAACAAAACACAUAAUGCUCAACAUAGGUUUUAUGUGCGAUUGUAUGUAUGUUUUUGGAGUCAGUUACACGAAAAUGAAAUUGUGAAGAAGAAACGCACAAAAAAGAACAACAUCUAACAACAAAAAUUUAAUACAUAAAUCCAAUUAGAAGGCAUUAAUUACUCAAGAAGUUGAAGAUUUUCUGUGAAAAUCCAUAUGACAUAGAAGAGUUUAUACUUGUAUACCCGUAUAUAGAACCACAUACAUAUGUAUACAUAAAUAUAUUAAUAUAUAUAUAUACCUAAAUAGAUAUAUUUUGAAUGUA